UCAAAACUCGCUGCAAGUUGAGCUUAGAUUACCAGAAAAGAAGGGAAAAACAUCAGCAAAAGACACGAGAAUAGCCAUUCCUCGUACCAACUAACAAGUAUUUUGCACAUAACAACCUUAUUAUAUAUUUCCCUGUUUAUCCCAAACAAUCCAAAAGCUAAACCACGAUGCUUCAAUCUCUGACUCUCAUUCCCAAAUUGGCGAAGAACCCACCUCUCAAAGCUCUCUCCCUCUUCAACUCUUCAAUCCUCCAAGGUCUUCAACACACCCCUGAAUCCAUAUCCUUCACUCUACACAUUCUUCUUUCUUCCAACUUGCGCUUUCAUUCUCAGUCCCUUCUCCUCCAAAUCAUCUCUGGUAGAAUCUCCUCCCCUUUCUUCACUCCUUCGUCUCUAUUCCACUAUUUAACUCAACACUGUUUUAGUCCCAACUCGAUGAAUCAAAUCCGUCUGUAUGAAUCCAUUAUCAACGCCCAUGUUCAAUCCCAGUUACCUGAUCAAGCCAUUUAUUAUUUCAAUCAAAUGGUAGACAAAAACUUUGUGGUUGGACCCAAUACUUUCAAUGGCAUAAUGGAUUUCCUUAUAAAAUUUUAUUGUUUUGAGAAAGCUUGGACCCUAUUUCAAGAAUCCAAGGGGAGGGUUAAGUUGGAUGUUUAUAGUUUUGGGAUACUGAUCAAAGGGUGUUGCGAGGCAGGGGAUUUAGGCAAAAGUUUUGAGCUUUUAGAUCAGAUUGAAGAGUUGGGUUUGGCUCCAAAUGUUGUUAUAUAUACUACUUUGAUUGAUGGGUGCUGUAAAAAUGGUGACUUGGAGCAGGCAAAGCUGUUGUUUGCCAAAAUGGAGGAGCUUGGUUUGGUUCCUAAUGAAUAUACAUACACGGUUUUAAUCAAUGGGUUGUUUAAAAGGGGACUUGAAAAUGAUGGGUUAGAGCUAUAUGAGAAGAUGCAGCGUAAAGGGGUAAUUCCUAGUUUAUAUACUUACAAUUCAGUGAUGAAAGUGUACUGCAGUGAAGGAAAAGUAGGUAAAGCUUUCGAAAUGUUCGAUGAAAUGCGUGAAAGAGGAGUAGCAUGUAAUGUUGUUACGUACAAUAUAUUGAUUGGUGGGUUGUGUAGAGAGAAAAGGUUAAGGGAGGCUGAAAAAUUAGUGGAUCAAAUGAAGAGGACUGGUUUAAGUCCGAAUUUGAUUACAUAUAAUUCGCUCAUAGAUGGUUUUUGUAAUGUUGGAAAGUUGGAGAAGGCUAGGUAUUUAUUUGGUCAAUUGAAAACCAAGGGUCAAUCUCCAUCUUUGGUGACUUACAACAUUCUUAUUUCGGCGUUCUCUAGAGCGAAAGACUCGACAACAAUCGCUAAGUUGGUCAAGGAAAUGGAGGAGAGAGGGAUAAGACCUUCUAAAGUAACGUAUACAAUUGUAAUUGAUGCAUUCAUUAGAUCAAAAAACACAGAGAAAGCAUUUGAGUUAUAUUUGUUCAUGCAGAAGGCCGGUUUGGGUCCGGAUGUUUACACGUACGGUGUCUUGAUCCACGGGUUGUGCAUAAAGGGAAACAUGAAGGAUGCAUGGAAACUAUUUACAUCAAUGGAUGAAAUGCAGUUGAAGCCUAAUGAUGUGAUAUACAACACGAUGGUUCACGGGUAUUGCAAACAAGGUAGCUCCUAUAGAGCCCUGAGGCUGCUUCAAGAAAUGAAAGAGAAAAGGCUGGUUCCUAAUGUAGCUAGCUACAACUCUACUAUUGGAGUUCUUUGCAAGGAUGGGAAAUGGCAAGAGGCUGAGGCUUUAGUGACUGAGAUGGUUGAAUCAGGUUUUAAACCUACAGUCUCCAUAUAUAAUCUAAUCUCUGAAAUAAAAAACAAUACAUAGUUGAAGGUUUCGAGCACACAAUUAAGUUAAAUGUGGAUGCCUGAUGGCUUAAAUUGAUAAAACUGAGCUUUCAUUGUGUGAAGGAAGAUAAUAGAAACUCCUGGAUGAGAUAUAUUUUGAAGGAAAAGGAAAUGCAGGAUGCUGUGAAUAAAAUGAGACCAAAAAUGAUAGCUCAAUGGCUACGAGUUCUGAAGGAGGAGAGAUGAGAUAUACAAGCAGUUCAUUCAGGGGUAUUUGCUCCAUUUCUUUGUAAGCUUCAACCACUUUCUCUAUUAACUGUUCAUUCACUCCAUUGUUGUCGAAAAGAUCCUCUAGAUUGAUUGGUUGAUGAUAUGAUUACAGCCCUUUACUUCCCAUAUUGCAAAUUCAAGGCCAACAGCUAAUUUAGAGUCUGAUUGAAUGGUGCAAAUGAAAGUAAUAUAGAACCUCUAGAUUGAACUUCUGAAUUAUAAUUUGCCACUAUACAUCUCUAAGCAAGUAGUUGAAGAUUUGUGUUGGGAGAUGAAGAAGACAGUGAUGAAGAAAGGGUUUGAGGAUUUUUAUUUAAAAUUCAUGAUUUUUUUAUAUUUUUUAAUUUCAGGUCUUUAAUUUAUGCAAUUUUAUGUUACUUUAGGAUAAAGAAAAGUUUAUUUAUUUUCUAAAAUAUUUUUGAUCCGACAAUUUUUAUGGAAGUCUCUAGCUUUUUUUUCUC